AUGAAUAAAGAUCAAAAAAUCAAAUUUAGAAAUAGACAUUUACAAUAUCAAUAUGAUCUAUUACAUCAAUUACCGUCCAUAAUAAAAACGACAAAUAGUUUAUCUGGUCUAUAUUUAAAGAAAUUUUAUAACUCAACUAAAAAAUACCAGUUGAAUUUACCUUCAUCAUUAACUGAUUCAAUGGGCAAAUUUUGUCCUAGAUGCGGUGUUGUUAGAGUACCCAGUAUCAAUACUUCUAUGAAAAUCAAACCAAAUCAAAAUAAUAACCCUCAUUCCUUUUCUUCCUCUUCCUCUUUUAUAUAUUGUUGUCUACUUUGUACUAAUGAGACUGCAUAUGAUGUAAUUGAUACACAAUUACCAUCAUUACGUAGUACACAGACUUUAACUAAUAAUAAUAAUAAUAAUGAUAAUAAAUCUAUGGCAGAUAUUCAAAAUAAUAAAAAGGUCAAUAAGAGCGAAAAUAAAGCCAAGAUUAGAGCAAAGAAAAGAAAAAUGAAUACCUUAUCUAAUCUUCUAUCACAGAGAGAAAAAGAAAAUAAAAAUAAACAAAAAUCUAAUGGAUUAUUAUCCUUAGAAAGUUUCAUGAAAAUAUAA